AUGACAGAAGCAACACUUCGCCAGCAAGCGUUGGCGGAUGGAAUUUUCAAAAGGAGAGAAUCAACCGAUAGUGACAACACAACACAAUCCAUGGCUUCAGAAGAUGUUUCAAUGAAGAAAGACCGGGGUCAAUCGUAUGGCAAGACUCCCGAUGGCGCUGUAUUCCGUGUGCCUACCACUAGAGAGAUGGUUACAUCGCUACUUAACCCAAAAGAACAAAAGAGCUUCUUUGACAUCCUAACCUUGGCUAUUAUGGCUAUCGAAAUUGCCCUUUUGUUCAUUCUUCCUCUUUGGAUCAAGCGUGGUCUGUUCAUCGUGAUCUUCUCUUUCUGGCGUCUGGCUUAUAAUGCCGGCUUGGGUGUUCUUCUCAAAUAUCAAAGUGAUAGUCGUGGUCUGGUCAGACUGGCCAAGCAAUACAAGCUCUUUGAUCGUGAAGCUAAUCCAAAAGCAUACAACUGGCUUAAAUAUCAGUUGAGUAUGAAGAUGGGUGAUGAUUAUGAUUUUACAACUGCCCCGAUUGAAUACAACACUUGGUUACUCUAUCGCCAAUUGGUAGAUUUGAUCUUGAUGAAUGAUUUUACUUCUUACAUGUGCUUUGCUGUCGCAUGGUUCAACACAUCCCCUCAGUCAUCGUUUAUAUUUGGCGAUUCUUUCCGGUGGUUUGGUGGUCUGUUCUUGGUCGGAUUCAACAUCUGGGUCAAGAUUGAUGCUCAGCGGGUGGUCAAGGAUUUUGCUUGGUACUGGGGAGACUUCUUUUUCUUAAUCGAGCAGUCUUUAACUUUCGAUGGUGUGUUUGAGAUGGCGCCUCAUCCUAUGUACUCGGUCGGGUACUUUGGAUAUUAUGGUGUAUCUCUUAUGUGCGCAAGCUACACCGUUCUGUUCAUCAGUAUUGCUGCACAUGCCCUCCAAUUUGCUUUCCUUGUUCUGGUCGAAACUCCUCAUAUCGAGAAGACCUAUAACCCUCCCAUUAUUCCCAAGAGACAACCAUCUACACCUUCCCAAACUAGUGAUGUUGAUUGCAAGCGUAGUGAAAAGCAUGAGGACACCGGUCGAUUCUACACAAGUUAUUUCCGUCGUGACCUUAUGGUCUUCAAAAACUUUGAUCUAUGUCGCUCUACUGACCUUGUAUCACUGAUGGUCAUGAUCUACGCUUUUAUUACACCGAUUCUUGUUCCUGGAAAGUCCGGUAUUGUUAUUGCACUUUCUCAGGCAUUCUUCUGGCGUAUUUUUCACUCGUAUGGUCUUGGUACAUUAUUACGUCUUCAAUCUACUGAGAAAUUUUUCACUCGACACUUUGUGAAAUGGGGUGGAGGUGUUCAGGAAGCAUUCCAAAACUGGAAAAGUAUUUACAAUUUAUCGCUCUGUAUGACCUACAUUACUUUCUUUGUGGCCUGUUGGAAAAUGUAUUCCCUUCCAGAAGAUUGGACUUAUGGAACAACUCUCUUAAGACAUACUCUUGGCGUUGCUUUCAUUUCUCUUCACAUCUGGACUUCCACCUCAAUCCAUGAAGUAUUGGGCGAUUUUGGAUGGUUCUAUGGAGAUUUCUUCCUCGAUGACCAUCCUUCAACUCUGUUGUAUACAGGAAUUUACAGAUUUUUAAACAAUCCUGAAAAGAUCAUGGGACAUGCUGCCUUUUGGGGAAUGACUCUUAUGGCUAACAGCUGGACCAUCUACGCUCUUGCCUUAUUUUCACAGAUAUCUAACUUUUUGUUCUUGCACUAUGUUGAGGCACCUCAUAUGCGCAUGUUAUAUGGAAAUCAGAUCCGCAAGGAGGCUGGUUUGACCAAGACAUUGAAAUCUGCCGCUGUUUCGAUCCCAAAGAACAUUCCCGACAAGCUCCAACAAGAAGUUUCCAAAUUGAUUCGUGAAAAGGCUGAACUCAAGGCUGCAGUCAAGACAACUAAAAACAUGGAACGCAUUUUUAAAGAGGCAAUCGAAAAGGUUGAGCGUGCAGUAGAAGAAACUGCGGGUGCCGUAGGGGAAAUGAUGGAAGCAGCUCGUCCUCGCCUUCAAGAAGUGUUGGACGAAACAAAGGCUCUCCUUGAAACAUCUCGCUCCCGAUUGAUUCCCAACGUUGCAAAUGACAUUGGUACCUACGAUUUGACCCUCUACUCUGUGAAUAUUCGAAACAAAUCUGCUACAAAAUCAUCACAAGCCAAUGGACCCACGUAUACUUUUCAAUUGGGACAGCCUGUAGAAGUAAGUUGGACGGCUCCCGAAUAUCACGGUGCACGCGACUGGAUUGGUGUCUACAAAGUUACAGCAAAUCAGAGUACACAUAUCACAAACAUUAGCUCCCGUGGAUUAUGGGAUUGGACCAAUUCUGUUGAAAAUAAGGGUGGGGCGAGUAUAGAAGACCAACUCUUCCCUCCAGAUACUCCGAUCAAAACAGAGGGGGUAGUUGUCUUCAAAGGUUCCAAGCUACCGUGGGAUAUUGGUACCUAUGAAUUCAGGUAUCACCACGAUGGAAAACAUAACGUCAUGGCCAGAAGUACUGUUUUUGAUAUCAUUGCUCCUACUCCCGCAGAUAUUCACAACAUAGGCGCUGUUGAACGAUCGUUACUUCAGUUAAUUCAGAAUACUCUUGGUGGCAACCCAGACUUAAUGCCUGUCUCUUCCACAGAUGAGUUUGUGGGUAUGGGAGAAACAGAGUCAAGGCAUGUUGUGUAUGCAAUUGAGCUGAUGUACGAUGUCGAAUUUGCAUGGGAGGUUGUGUUGGCGGACAACUGUAUAUCUCGCCUAGCAAAGAGGAUUCAACAUGCUAAAGAAGCACUAUCGCCUUUUGCGGAUCAAACUCAAAAGCGUUUAUCACUGUCGCACGGAAUGCUGGCAGGAUGUGCUACUUCAAUCGUCCCUUCUAUGACAAGUGAGACCCCUGUGUCUUGCGGAUUAUAAAUUAUGUACAAAAAAGCGUAUUUAAGUUUAAAAUACCAAAAGACUGUGUUAUCUUAUACAAAGAAAUUGAUUUUUUAUAAAAAUAAAAUGAAUGUUGGUUGACUUUU